CCCAGCAGCCGAGAGACGAGAGAGAACGCACCCGAGUAGCCAAUCCCUCUGCGGAGGAGGCCCUCUCUCCCGUGGCACAGUUUCGCGGCAGCCUGUGGGAGUGUCCGCGACAAGCGGCUUCUGCCCCGCCCCCAGCCUUGGCUCCUGGGUUCUGGGUCCCCGGUCCCCAGAGAGUUUCCUUUUAGGACAUUAUGACUCUUCUCCUUUGCAAGACAGUUCAAGAAACUGGCAGAAAAACAAACUCUUCCCACUCUCAGGGACUGUGUUGUCUUCAGGAGUUUGGGGUCAAGUCCAGCGAAUGAGGAGGCUCUGUUUGUAUCCUUUCCUCUCCAAUAUCCUCAGAGGAGCUUCGUUUCUAGCAUCUUUCUAGCAUUCAGGGCUAUGAUCCCGAAGGCUUGAGCUGUUUACAAGGAGAGAGAAGCUGUCUCCUGAGCCCCAAAAUGGCGGCUAAGAUGGAGAUAACUUUGAGCUCGCAGUCCCAUAUUCAGGCUUCCUCCAAGCAAGAGAGACAUAUAAUAGCAAAACUAGAAGAAAAACGGGAGCCCGCUCUGCAAAAAGACUGGCCCGAUCCUGAGCUCUCCCGCCAGAGUUUUAGACGGUUUUGUUAUCAAGAGGUGUCUGGACCCCAAGAGGCGCUCUCCCGUCUCCGGCAGCUCUGCCGUCAGUGGCUGCAGCCUGAGGUGCACACCAAGGAGCAGAUUUUGGAGCUGCUGGUGCUGGAGCAGUUUCUGAACAUCCUGCCUCCGGAGAUCCAGGCUCGGGCCAGGCAUCAAUGUCCAAUGAGCAGCAAGGAGAUUGUGACCCUGGUGGAAGAUUUUUACAGAGCAGCCAAGGGACCAAAGCAGUGGGUGGCUGUUUGUAUGGAGGGCCAGAAGGUGCUCUUGGAGAAAACUGGAUCCCAGCUUGGAGAACAGGAACUGCCAGACUUUCAACUGCAAACUCCUAGCAGAUGUCCCAGGGAGAGCUCUCUGGAGGAGACGUCCCAGGCAGGAUCUCAGGAUCAGCGGACCCCCCGUCAUUGGGAAAAAUCCCUGCUCCUCCAGGACCCAACCCCCAAAUUGGCUGAGACAGAGGCCUCCAGAAUGAAAAGUGACAACAAGGAAAAUCCACAGCAGGAGGGGGCUAAAGGAACAAAGCCAAGCACGUUGUCAAUGGGGAGACCCAAAGGGAAUGGUCUGCAGAGCCCCGAACCCAGAGGGGCUACUGUGAGUGAGCCCCGGUUGUCACGGAGGCAGGUCAGCCCCCCACGCACUCAAAAGCCAUUUGCUCACUACCAGAGACAUUGCAGGGAACUGGAAUACAUCAGUGGCCCCCUGAAGAGCCACCCACUGAGAGAGCUGAAGAAAAGCAAGGGAAGCAAAAGAAACCUGAGCAGCCGUUUGCAACGUCUUGGUCACCAGCCAACCCGCUCGGCGAAGAAACCUUACAAAUGUGAUGACUGUGGGAAAAGCUUCACAUGGAAUUCAGAGCUGAAAAGACACAAGCGAGUCCACACAGGGGAGAGGCCCUACACGUGCGGAGAGUGUGGGAACUGCUUCGGGCGGCAGUCCACCCUGAAGCUGCACCAGAGGAUCCACACCGGAGAGAAGCCCUACCAGUGCGGCCAGUGUGGGAAAAGUUUUCGUCAGAGCUCAAACCUUCACCAGCAUCACAGACUCCACCAUGGAGACUGAAAGCAGGGCUGGGUCCUCUCUGUUCAGAAGAAGGUACUUGCAUUUCUCCUUCCCCUCGCUUGCAUGUAAAUCACAAAGACUGUCUGCGUGACUUACAAGGAAGAAAGCAAGAGAUCCCUGAGGAGUGAUGGCGCCCGUCGGGCUGGUGAGGCGUCGGUUGGGAAGAGGCUGACGGGGGACUUGAUCGUGCACGGUGUUGUGUACGAUGACGGGGGAAGAGAUGGCAGGUCUAGGCAUUGGGUCAGAGAGCACCGAGGUGUCUGUUGGAGAGCGGGGAGUCACUACUGAGGGAGAAUCACGACGAUCCUGCAGAUGUGCCCCACACCUUGAUGUUAUAUCUCCCCCUGCUGCUUUAUUUAUCCUCUAAAUCUGUUCAAGGAUAAAUCCUACAUAUAGUCAUGCAUUUGCUGUCAUACCAGACAAUCUUUAUCAUUGCACACACUCCUUUAAUAAAGAUGAGUGGUCUGCAGGAAUUUCAAGGCAGAAGUUCAUUGGAAUGUAAAUCCCCUAAUAUUCUUCCCGUCAUUCCUGGCUGUUCAUAACAAAGGAUGCAUGAAGUGGGAGUAUGGACACGUUUGUGUGAGGAGGAGUUCUCCAAGUAUUAGUGCUUUUACCAAAUAAAUACACAUACACACACACUAAAGGUUCUUUUUAUAUCAAAGCACCUUUGAUUUGGUAAAAGAAAAAUCACAGCUGCUGCAACCCCCACCCCCCCAUAGUGAUAAGGAGAAGCUACAAGAAGCAAGACUGCUAAGGGGACAGCAAAGGGAAUCCUUCCUACUUUCCUUUCUCACUUCGGCCAGUAGUUUUAAGAAUAACAAAAUGCUUGGGGUGAUGAAAAUAUACUAAAACUGAAUUAUUUCAGAACAAGUGCCAAAAAUCAUUGAAACAUUCAUUAAUUUUAUGAUGUAUAAGUUAUACCUCAAAGAAGUUUCUAAAAAUGACAAAAUGUAUUUAUCUAAAAUGUUAAAGUCCUAGAACUAGGCCUCAGAGAUCAUCUAAUCCCACCCCUCAUUCUCUCAAAAUGGAAAUUAUACCCAAUCAGUAUACAAUUCUUAGUCACACUGGGCAAGCCAGUGGAUCUCCCAGUUUAGAGAAGACUUUUGGUAGGUGGGUGCAGUAUGUCAAGCAGGAAACAGGUGCAGGUAGCAUUCUUCCUAAAGCAUCAGUAUCCUCAGGUCACUGCUGGCCACCUCAGGGCUGUGGUUGUGCUAUUGUGUGUCCCCCGCCAAGGAUCUCAGGUUCCUCUGACCACAGAGGUACAGGUGCUCACAUGGGCAGCCCUGUCCCCCAGGUCUUUGCACACACUGUUCCCUUUGCCCUUAGGACCCGCCGCCCCCACUCCCUCUUGCAUCUCACAAGAGUUGCCAGCUCUGCAAAGCCUCCUCCUCUGACAAGUUCUAGGCAGAGGUAGACUUCACCAGUGGCGCUCAACCUGGUAGCAGAUUCGCCCCCUAGAGGAUAUUUGGGAACAUCUGAAAACACCGUUGGUUGUUAUGACUUGGGAGAAGGGAGCGUAGCUCCUGGCCUCUGGUAGGUACAGACCAAGGAUGUAGCUAAACAUCCUGCAGUGCACAGGACAGCCCCAAAACAGUUAUCUGUUCCAAAUGUCAGUAGUACCAAGGUUGGGGAACUGUGCUAUAUAUGUUAAAAGCUCUGUAAGGACAGAACCUUGAUUUUCCAUCACUUUAGCUUUAGAACUUAGCCCACACCCAGCCAGGAGAAAUAGGUGUUCAGUAAUUGAAGAGUUGAGGGCCCCUGCUUCAUCCUGGGGCCCAUUCCUGCCUGAAUCAGAGAUCCCGGUGGCAGUCUUUGAAUGCAGUGGACAAAACCUCUAAUUUUUUGGGCAGAGAGAGACUUAAUGGGAGCCCAGUGGCCUGCUUCCUGGUAUUUGGUGGCCCUUCAGAAUCUAAUCCAAGGUCCAUUUCCCAACAAUUAUGUUAGAUGUUAGAAGAGUUUAUCUUUAUUGUUAGGCCUGCCCGUUAUCCCACUCCUGUCCCCUGCCUCUCACUGGUCAGAGCCUCCCGAUUCCUUAUUCUGUUACCACCUUUUUUUCUCCAGGCCAGUUUCACUGUUGUUUCUUAGUAACUUCCCUAAUUAUAUUUACAUUUGUAUUAGUUUUCUCUUGGUGCUGUAACAGAUGACCACAAACUCAGUGGCUUAAAACAACACAAAUGUCUUCUCUUAUAGUUCCUGAGGUCAGAAGUCCGAAAUCAGUUUCACUGAGUAGAAGUCAAGGUGUCAGGCGGGCUGGUUCCUUUGGAGGCUCUGAGGGGUGAAUCUGUUUCCUCGCCUUUUUCACCUUCUAGCGGCUGCUGGCAUUCCUUGGCCUGUGGCCCCUCCCUCCAUCUUCAAAAUGCAUCCCUCCAAUCUCUGUCAUCACAUCACCUUCUCUUCUGACUCUGAUCCUCCAGCCUCCCUCUUAAGAGGACCUUUAUAAUUAUAUUGGGCCCACCCAGAUAAUCUGAGAUAUCUCCCCAUCUCUAGAUCCUUAACACACCUGCAAAAUCCCUUUUGCCAUAUAAGGGAACAUUCACAGGUUCCAGGGAUUAGGAUGUGGACAUCUUUGGCGGGGACUGUGAUUCAGCCGACCACAUCCAUCUAGUGAAUUAAUUCGGUUAGUCAAAGACGAUCUCUCCUAAAAGCAAAGGAACAUAGAUUUCCACUUUCCUUAGAUUUGGGACAGGAAAUCUCUCUUAAAAUAAGAGCUUUGUUUACUUGGUAUGUUUUGAAGAACCCGUGUGCGUGUGUUUUCUGUCUUCUGAUUAUGAAAUUAAUAAUUGCUGAAUCUUAAUGUCUUUGGGUACCUGUUCAACUGUGGACCUUGAAUAAAUGUGAAAAAAUCACCACUCUGAAUAUCACUCACUCCCAAAAGGUUUUCAAGCCUGUGAUGCUGCUGCCUCCCCCAGCCCAGUUUUCCUUUGACAGGUAAGGCUUAGCUCCAGGUGAGGAGUGCCCGUGAGGGUCUGAAGUCCUGGUAGAAGGCCCCUGGGCACUCAGCCACAUUUGCUGGUCUGUACUCACUUCUUCAAAUGUGGGAGUCCCCAUGUGUGGUUCCACCAGAGGGUCUCAGCACAAAACAUUGACCUGCUGACUUACAAUCAGCUACCCCAUAUGAGAAAAUAACCUCUCUCCUUUUGUGUGCAGCCUUUACCCAUGGAGCGGUCUGUAAGUGUCACCAUGUUUUCUGAGUUUGCCCUGUACUCACCCAUGUGGGGGUGGGAUGAUUCCUACCUUGGUUAUUUGGUCCCCAGUUUACCCCAGGAGACAGGGAGAGGGGAAGAUUCCAUGCAUAUGUGAGGCAUUUGGACCUUGCAGAUUUCUCUGAAGAGCAUUUUCCAUCUACAGCAGAUAAGGACUUGUAAAACCCGUCCCAUAAUACCAUUAUCACUCCCAACAAAAUUAACAACUCCCAAAUACCAUCUGAUAGAUAGAGGUGAAAUUUCCCCCAGAUAUUUCUAAAACCAAAAUGCUAUUUUUUACAACUUUAUUGAGAUAUAGUUUACAUAUAAAAUGUAUGUAUUUAAAGUGUACAGUUUAAUAAUUAAAGUAAAUUCACAGUGUUAUACCACCAUCACCAUAAUCUAAUUUUAGAACAUUUUCAACGGCCUAAAAAGAAACCUUUGGGACUUCUCUGGCGGUCCAGUGGUUAGGACUCCAGGCUUCCACUGCAGGAGGCACGGGUUCGAUCCCUGGUCAGGGAACUAAGAUCCCACAAGCCGUACAGUGUAGCCAAAAAAAAAAGAAAAGAAAGAAACCCUGUCUCAUUAGCAGUCACGCCUCACUCCCCAUCCCUGGGCCCCCUUGAGCCCCCUUCCUCCUUUCACUCAGCACAAUGUCUUCAAGGUUCAUCCAUGUGGUAGCACAUGUCAGUACUUUAUGCUUUUAGUGGCCGAAUAAUAUUUCACUCUGUGAACAGACCAUGUUUUGUCUAUCCAUUCAUCAGUUGAUGGACAUUUGGGUUGUUUCCACUGAUUGGCUAUUAUGAAUAAUGCUGCUAUGAACAUUCAUGUACAAGUUUUUCUGUGGACAUAUGUUUUCAUUUUUCUUGGUUGUAUACCUAGGAGUGGAAUUGCUGUGUCCUAUGGUAAUUCUAUGUUUAAGAAUUUGAGGAACCACCAGACUGUUUUCCACAGGGUCUGUACCAUUUUCCAUUCCCACCAGCAGUGUAGGAGGGUUCUAAUUUCUCCACAUCCUUGUCAACACUUGCUAUUAUCUGUCUUUCUGAUUAUAGCCAUGCUAGUGGAUAUGAAGUGGUGUCUCAUUGUGAUUUUUAUUUGCACUUCCCUGUUGGCUAAUGAUGUUGGCAUCUUUCCAUGUGUUUACUGGCCAUUUAUGUAUCUUCUUUGGAGAAACAGCUAUUCAAAACCUCUGCCCUUUUAAAACUGGGGGUUUUGUCUUUUUAUUGUUGAGUUGAAGAGUUCUUUAUAUAUUCUGGAUUCAAAUCCUUAUCAGAUAAAUGACUUGCAAAUAUUUUCUCCCAUUCUGUUGUAAUGUAAUACUUUUGCACAACUGCAGUAACUCUCUUUAAAGCACUGUCUGUCACCUGCCAAAAUACAAAACUAACUAAUAUGGUAACAGUCCUGAAUUGCCAGUGAAACAGACGUGUGAGGCAAAAUGUCACUCCUGCCUCUAGAAAUUCUUCUGGACCAGAUAAGGGCAGAGCCAACUAGGGUAGCUCCAGGAACCUACCUUGGUCUACCUACCUGACCUGACUUAGUCAAGUCUGAGGCAGCUCCAUAAACAAAUCAGAGUGGACUUGGUACCAGGCUAAGACUAAGGAUGGCUUUGCUUGCAGCUCUGUUGUCCCCCAGCCCCCUGACCUGGAUGUGUCACUUAAAUUCUUCAAGCCUGUUUCCUCCACUGGAAAUGGGAAGACCUGCUCUGCUUACCUCACAUGAUUGGUGAAGUGAACACACAUGUGUGAAAGUAUUUUCUGUAAAGUGUUACAUAAAAAGAAAAUGAAUUAUGUGUCAAGUAAAACAGCAUCUUGAAAUCUCCUUCUGUCAGCGUUUCAGAUCCAAUUACUUGUGCCUGGAAUGAGCAGAGAGGCUGCAGGGGUUCGAGGGUGGAGAGGUCCUAUUUUCCUGGAUUUGGCACUUGCUCACACUGGGGUCGCGGUAGAGAAUG